AUGAAUAAGAACGUCGGUUAUGCUCUUCUCGCAUGCCUUGUACUCCUUCUGCUCGUACUUUCUCUUGGAGUUCCAAAAUGGCCAUGUCAGGGAUAUAUUCUUGAAACAAAAUGCAUACAACGCCACUCAUAUAAGGUCACAGGAUUUUUGUUAGCAGCUGCGACUGUUGCGGCCCUACUCGUCGCCAUUUUCCUACUUCUGGUGAUCCUUCAGGGUUCAUCUCGAAUGCUCAUUGCGGCACUUAUAGCAGCAGCAAUAACGGCUCUUCUAGCAGUGGCGGCAACAUUUUAUUACGCCUCUUUUAUGCCUCCCUUGUGUCCUAUCUUGGCUGCAUUCGGUGCAGGGGUUGCACUUGGUCUCUUUGUGAUACUUUUAUUCGAUUAUCGCAGUUAA